AUGCUUUUAUCCAACUUGGUUCCUGUUUUGAUCGCGAUUCUCAUUCAAGAUCAAGCUUACAUCCAAUGCUUUUCGUGUUGUGGAGAAUACUCGAUUGCUGCCUGUGGCCGCUAUCUCAUGGGCACCGGAUCACAGGCCAACGAUCCUGAUCAAGACAAUUCUGGCAUCAUUCUCCUAAGCGCCCGUGCGGUGGACGACGAGUUCACCUGCGAUGAUCCCAAUUCUAAACGUCAAGUUCAAGCUUGCUGCCAACCAGGAGUGAAACUUGACGGGACAGUACUUGGUCUUAGCGAUUUCGAAGAUAACUGCCAAAAACAAAAGUGA